UAUUGCGUUUGAGGAAGCGCGAGAAACCGCGUCAAACCCAGAACAUAUUUGACUUUAUGAAUCAUAUCGACAUCACCGAGGAGUUUAAUGUGACUGCACUUAAAAUAUACGAUUUCCAACGUCCCGAGCAAAAAGUGAAGAAAGUGGCAGCCGCAGCACAGCAUGCAGGUCAGCGGUUAUCUGUGCGCUCUCAUCGCCUGUAUUGGAUUAACCCUGUCCGUGCCGACCGGAAACCAAACGCGACUGGAGUCUGGAAACGACGCGUCGCCGCUCCUCCUGGUGUCGUUUGAUGGUUUUCGCGCAGACUACCUAAAGAAAUACUCAUUUCCCAAUCUCGAGAAGUUCUUCUCCGAGGGCGUCCUUGUGCGUGAGCUGUCCAAUGUGUUCACGACGAAAACCUUUCCCAAUCAUUACAGUCUCGUCACAGGUCUGUACGCGGAGAGCCACGGGAUACUGGCCAGUAUUAUGUACGACCCGGUGUCGAAAAAGACGUUCUCCAUUCAGAAUGACAGUGACCCUUUCUGGUGGAACGAAGCCACUCCAAUUUGGGUGUCCGUGGAGGAGUCUGGAUAUAAGGCAGCGGCUGCUAUGUGGCCAGGAACGGAUGUCAAUAUUCAAAACCACACAUUAAAAUACCAAUUCGAAUACGACCCCAAGGUGACUUUCCAAGACCGGCUGGGAAACCUCACACAGUGGAUGACCACGGACAAAUCUGUGAAGUUUGCCGCUCUGUAUUGGGAAGAGCCCGACCGGAGCGGACACAUAUACGGCCCGGAGAACACCACUGAGAUGAGCAGGGUUUUAAAGGAAGUGGAUGGUCAUAUUGGCUUCCUGAUGGAGCAGCUCAACAAAACGGGACUAUGGGGGAAAAUAAAUGUCAUCAUCACUAGUGAUCACGGUAUGGCACAGUGCUCUCAAGAGCGUCUUAUUAAGCUGGAUGACUGCAUCAGUCCGAGCAGCUAUAGGGUGGUGGAUCUCACUCCUGUGGCUGCCAUAAUCCCACUGGAAGAUAAUUCGACUGUGUACAAAAACCUGUCCAGCUGUCACAGUAACAUGAAGGCGUACCUGAAGGACAAUGUUCCUGAUAGGCUGCACUAUAAAAACAAUGGAAGGAUCCAGCCAAUCCUUUUGGUGGCGGAUGAAGGCUGGACGAUUGUCAAAAAUGGCAAACUCCCACGCAUGGGCGAUCAUGGCUAUGACAAUACGCUUCCCAGCAUGCACCCUUUCCUGGCCGCCCACGGGCCUGCAUUCCGCAAAGGCUACAAGAUGUCGAGCUUUAACAGUGUGGAUCUCUACCCGCUCAUGUGUCACCUCGUAGGUGUCCCUCCAAUGCCUAACAACGGCAGCUUCGCUCACGUGCGCUGUGUGCUAGUUAACGAGCAGUGCGGAGAGCUAGCGUUAGCGGUGGGCCUCGUCAUCGGGGUUCUGAUCAUCCUGACCACCUUCACCUGCCUAUUCAAGCUGAUGAAGAACAGAGAUGCCUCGUCUCCACGUCCGUUCGCCCGCUUGGAGUUAGAGGACGAAGCUGAUGACGAGCCGCUGCUUGAAUGAAGUGUGUUAUUAGACGCAGGUACUGUGUUGGAUGGAGGGAUUUGACUUGAUUCAAACGCAUGCAGGAUACGUUAAAGGAAUAGUUUAUCGACUUCAUUUUCAAUUUCAGGUGAACUGUUCCUUUAAACGCUGAAAUGGUGCAGAGAUGACAAUCAUACUGAAACUGUAAGGGAGAAAUUGAAGCCAGUAACAUACACGGAAGGCACAAUAAUGAUAAUGAGUCAUCGUUAGUACUAAACAACAUGACAAAACAUGUCCUCAACAUUAUCAGCAGCUGUUGAGAUAGAAAUACUUUAAAAUUUGUUCUUAAAGGGAUAGUUCACCCAAAAAUGAAA